UUUUCGAAUUUGCCUUUUCGAGCUCACGAACAAGAUGGCGUCCAUGGGAGACUACCGCGUUGCUGACAUUUCGCUCGCCGACUUUGGCCGCAAGGAAAUCGAGAUUGCCCAGAUCGAGAUGCCCGGCCUCAUGCAGUCCAUCGCCGAGUAUGGCCCGUCGCAGCCGCUCAAGGGCGCGCGCAUUGUCGGCUCGCUCCACAUGACGAUCCAGACGGCCGUCCUCAUCGAGACGCUCAAGGCGCUCGGCGGUGACAUCCGCUGGUGCUCGUGCAACAUCUUCUCCACGCAAGACCACGCCGCCGCUGCGAUCGCUCGCGAUAACUCCGCCGCCGUGUUUGCCUGGAAGGGCGAGACGCUCGAGGAGUACUGGGAGUGCACCUUGAACGCGGUCACGUGGCCCGAGGACGAUGGCAAGGGCGACGGCCCGGAUAUCAUUGUCGACGACGGUGGCGAUGUCACCCUCCUCAUCCACGAAGGCUACAAGGCCGAACAAGAGUUCGCCAAGAACGGUACCCUUCCUGACCCGGCCUCGACCGACAACGCCGAGUUCAAGUGCGUCCUCGGCCUCAUCCGCCGCACGCUCCAGACCGACCCCACCAAGUGGACCAAGAUCGCCAAGCGCUGCAAGGGUGUCUCGGAGGAGACCACCACGGGCGUCCACCGUCUGUACCAGAUGGAAAAGGCCGGCAGCCUUCUGUUCCCGGCUAUCAACGUCAACGACUCGGUCACCAAGUCCAAGUUUGACAACCUUUACGGCUGCCGCCACUCGCUCCCCGAUGGUAUCAUGCGUGCCACCGAUGUGAUGCUUGCCGGCAAGCGCGCCGUCAUCUGCGGUUUCGGUGAUGUCGGCAAGGGUUCGGCCCAGGCCAUGAAGGCUGCCGGUGCCAUCGUGUACGUCACGGAAGUCGACCCUAUCUGCGCCCUCCAGGCUGCCAUGGACGGUUUCCAGGUCGUCCGCCUCGAGACGGUCGUCGGCGUCGCUGACAUCUUCAUCACGACGACGGGCAACAAGGACAUCAUCAUGACCCACCACAUGGCCAAGAUGAAGAACAACGCCAUCGUCGGUAACAUUGGCCACUUCGACAACGAAAUCGACAUGCUCGGCUUGGCCAAGGCCACGAAGCGCCAGAACAUCAAGCCCCAGGUCGACCGCUUCGUCUUCCCGGAUGGCCACGGUGUCAUCAUGCUUGCCGAGGGCCGCCUCUUGAACUUGGGCUGCGCCACGGGCCACCCGUCGUUCGUCAUGUCCAACUCGUUCACGAACCAGACGCUCGCCCAGAUCGAACUCUGGAAGGAGAAGGACUCGGGCAAGUAUGAGACCGGCAAGGUGUACGUCCUCCCGAAGCACCUCGACGAGAAGGUCGCCCGCCUCCACUUGGCCAACCUCGGCGUCGAGCUCACGGUCCUCUCGAAGGAACAGGCCGACUACAUUGGCGUCAACGUCGCCGGCCCCUUCAAGCCGGAGACCUACCGCUACUAAGUUGCCUCGUGUUUUGUAAUACUUAACGAGAAGCUCUGUCAGCUGUACUCCAUCUGCUUUCCACAUGAAGACAGCCAUUGAAAGACAAA